ACAUCUCUCUCGCUCUCUCUGUCUCUCUGCUCUCGCUCUCUCUCACUCACUCACUCACUCACUCACUCACUCUUUCUCUGUUUCUCUCUUUUUUUCUACUUCCCUCUCUACUUCCCUCCCCUUCAUUCCAUUUUCCUUUCCUUCCCUUUCCUUUUGCAAGCGGCUCUGCUGGGUGCCGCUGCAACUCCUCUUCUCUUCCUCCUCUCUCUCUCUCUCUCUCUCACAGCCUCAUAUUGGCACAAGGGCCAUUUUCUUCCUUGAGCUCAUUUCCUAAAGAAUCUCUCUCACUCUCACAUUAACACUUACCUCUCGUGGGGAAGGAAGGAAGGAAGGAAGGACGAAGGAAGGAAGGCUUCGGGACCUGGCCAUCCAUCUCGAUCUCGAGAGGUGCAGCAGUCUUCUUGUGGAGGUUUAAGAAGCAUUUUCUUACACCUUCUGCGAGAAGUGAAUAUGUACAAAGAACGGAGCUCAUCUCUACCAUCAGAGGCUAGAGGUGGGAAUGUGAGAAACGAACAGCAAUUAUAUCGAGACGUGACUGACAACAAGAAGCGAUUAGAGGAUGGUAUUGAUAAAUCCUCUCCUUCCACCUCAAGAGGAGGAAUCGGCAGGGAAAAGGAUCGAAUAGCUGCUCCCGCCGCUACGACUCAAUCUCGUCGGAACGCUGGACAUGAGACGAGACCCACCAUGGAGAAGGCGAAGUAUCCAGAGGAUGUCGCAGCAGAAGACUCAGAAUCAGAAAGCGAGGAUUCUGAUGUGAGUGCGUCAGACGGGGAGGAUACUUCUUGGAUCUCCUGGUUCUGCAGCUUGAGGGGCAAUGAGUUUUUCUGCGAGGUUGAUGAUGAGUACAUACAGGAUGAUUUUAACCUAAGUGGCCUGAGCAGCCAAGUUCCCUACUACGAUUAUGCACUUGACUUGAUCUUGGAUGUGGAAUCCCCUAGUGAUGACAUGUUAACUGAGGAGCAGAAUGAAUUGGUAGAAUCAGCUGCCGAGAUGUUGUAUGGGUUGAUUCACGUACGCUAUAUUUUAACCGGCAAAGGGAUGAAUGCAAUGCUUGAAAAAUUCAAGAAUGUGGACUUUGGUCGCUGUCCUCGUGUUUACUGCUCCGGACAACCUUGCUUGCCAAUGGGUCAGUCCGACGUUUCCCGAACAAGUACUGUGAAGAUAUAUUGUCCAAAGUGUGAAGACAUAUAUUACCCUCGAUCUAAAUAUCAGGGCAACAUUGACGGUGCUUAUUUUGGCACAACAUUCCCUCAUCUUUUCCUCAUGACUUACCCCUACAUCAAGCCUUCGAAGCCCACUCAGAAUUAUACACCCAGAAUAUUUGGUUUUAAACUACAUAAGAGUGCAAGGUAGACCUUCGGCGUUUACGCUUUGUUGCAUUUGCGGCGACGGAUCGAUCAGUGAACCGCACUGUAUGUGCCUAAGAGAAAUUUGGUUCCAAUCCGGAGUUUGUGGAAGAGAUAUUCACUGCGUAAUACAUUGCAGAGAUUUUGCAAUAGCGGGCUGGAAUAUACUUGUGAUGCAUUUUGGAUGAGGUGUUCCACGUCUGCUUGAUUUGGCUGAAGUCGCUUUGUUUUGAUUGUUUUAGAUAGGAGAAUUUAGUGUUUUCUGGGGAUGUCAAAUUGACUGUAGUGUCUUUUCUUUUUGUGGCGUGUUAGGAAUCAAUUCCUUGUAGAGAGCACCUUGGGAUUCGCGUCACUGUAAACGAUACCUUAAAGAUUACUGUGCAUCAUUAGUGCUAAUAUUGAGGUAAUUAUGAUUAGAUUGAGAUUAUCUUACGAACCAGGCAAUGUAAAUGAAGUGAGACACAUUGUACUAUUUGAUAUGUCUAAUCAUGGGUUAAAAUUUUUGAUGGGGUA